AUGGACGCUAAAAAGAUGAUGCAGAAGGUAGAGGCAGAUGGGCCAGGACCAGAACAAAGAGUCCAAGAAGUCGAAGGUGAUGACAAGAACUUUAACAAUCUCAACCUGCACGAUAUGCAGAACCAGAUGAUCACUUCAGACGCAGAUAUUACCCACUUGAAGCGUAUGAUCGAGGAUAUGGAAAUGAAAAUCGAUCAACAUCACAAUGAGUUCAAGAACAAUCACAGAAAGCUAAGGCAAGAUAUUAUGGGCAAAUUUAAUAGACUACCACUUCCAGUACAAGCCCAUACGAAAUUUCAGCAUAACAAUAAUGCCGCACGAAACGCUCGCCCAGCAAACGCCCAGAAUGAAGCAGGUAGCAACAUGCAGCACAACGACAUGCAUGAGCCCCACGAUUCUCACGAAGCCUGUCUUAACGACGGAAUCAGAACUCUGUGGUAACUAUGGCAGGAGUAUGACGAGGGACUUUAUGGGGGCAAACCUGCCCGCUUCUUUAC